AUGCCGCCUCUUCUCGUCGUCUUGCUCCUUGACCCUACGCAGGUAAUAUCAUCAGUACUCCCUUAUUGGUCAUUGUUGUUCUUAUUCCCUUCUUUUGUUGUUUGUCUGAUUCCAUCUCGAUAUCAAUUUUCUAACCGCCCCACUAUUCUAGACGGCCUCCGUUAUGUUAUUCCAUUAGCUGCGAUUUGUGAUGGUGGUUUCUCUGCCUUGGUGGUGGUUGGUAUGGCUGUUAUUGGUGUUGCAAUCCUGUAUGCCACAUUCUAUGUUUGGUUAGGUAUGGACACACUUGGAUCAAUGAAGUUUAGUAAGGAACCUGGUAAACACUUAGAGGAAUGCAAGCUUAAGGUUGUGUAUAUUGCUCUUCAGGGGAAUAACAAUUCCGAUGAUCCUCCCAAAAAGAAUUCUGAUCCUAACUCUGGUUUAGGGAUGCAAACAGGCACAUUAAAUAAUGAAACUGCAUAUGUGACUAAUCUGAUGUCUAGAAGCACUGGAGAUGCCUUAAGAGAUCCCGCAUCCUGUAGUGUGAGAUCAUUCAGAAAUCCAGAUAUAUAUGUAAAAUCUGGCAGUGGUAUAAAUGAGAGAGAAACCAUCUCAAAACAAAAGAUUGACAACUUUGACACAACUGAUCUUGAUUGGACUGAUAGCAUGCCAGAAUGUCCAGUAUAUUUCCCAAGUAAAGAAGAGUUCGAGGACCCUUUGGCUUUUCUCCAAAAAAUUGCCCCUAAAGCUUCAAAAUAUGGUAUAUGCAAGAUUGUUUCCCCUUUGAGUGCCUCUGUUCCACCUGGCAUGGUUUUGAUGAAAGAGAAAGUUGGUUUUAUGUUUACUACAAGGGUGCAGCCUCUUCGUCUUGCUGAGUGGAAUACUGAUGAUAAAGUCACAUUUUUCUUGAGUGGAAGAAACUCAAGCAAACUUGAUGAUAACUCUUUUCUUGAUCUUCUUGGUGAAAAUGCCACUUUAACAGAGUUGGCAAAAGCUACAAUGUUCCCACAUGCAACAUCUGUUAUAGCUGACCUUGUUGUUCAUCAGUUGGAAUUAAUAACCGAUCUUCUUGGGACACCAUCAACAGAUACCAUUUCUGGAGUAUGA